AUGUGGUCGUUCACCUCCCGCGUCCGUGACGAGGGACUCCUGGUUGGGACUUUCGUCGGCCUGGAUUCCAUCCAUGCAUACCAGAUCAUUGGUAAUGCCGGAUAUGACUGUGUCAUCCUCGACAUGGAACACACCCCGAUGAGCGCACGCGAGGUCACUAUCGCGGUCGGCACCAUCGCGGCGGCGUCGAAGGGAUCCUGUGCACCUCUGGUGCGCGUGCCGUCCCAUGGACUCGAAUGGGUCAAAUGGGCCCUCGACAGUGGCGCCGCUGGCGUUGUUGUGCCCAUGGUGGAGACCGGCGACCAAGCACAGGCCGUCGUCAGGAACAGUAGAUAUCCUCCAGACGGCGCCCGCAGCUUCGGGCCGCUGCAUGCCGCCUUUGCCCAUCCAGACUCGGACCGAUCGCAGCUCACAUACUUUGACGCGGCGAGGAAGCCGGAGAACAUUGCCAUUCUCCCCAUGAUCGAGUCGGCGCGCGGCGUGGAAAAUGCAGACAGCAUUUUGGCGGCGGAGGGCGUCAGUGGCGUGUUCGUGGGACCCUACGAUCUCCGAGUGUCUUUGGGAUUGCAAGGUGGGGAUGGCGCCGAAGACGUCUUCAUCCAGGCCCUUCAGGCGAUCGUCGCGGCCGGAAAGAAGGCGGGAAAACCGGCUGGGAUCUUCACAGGCACGCCUCAGGCCUUGCAGAGAAACAUCCAACUGGGCUUCCGGUUCUUUUUGUAUCACGGAGACUCGACCCUCCUGGCCACGGCGUCAAAAAACUCGGUCCAGGAGGCCAGGUCGAUCUUUCAGCAGGCAAAGCUGUAA